UAGAUUGAUCACACAAAACACACGCAAUUUCCCUAAAAAAUAAAAAAACCAAGAAAGCCAGCCUAAGACGACGAGCUAAAGCCGAAUUCCCUAUCAGUCUCUUCACAAAAAUACGCCAGAAAGUCCACACACGCCUUCCCCAUUAUUUUCAUUCACCUGUCGUAAAUAUUGGCCCAAAACUCAACUAUCAAUUGUUGGAACGAGGGUUUUAAUUUUAAGAAUUCGUUACUCUUUCGCUUGAUCUGUCGGGACGAGUUGAAUUUUGCUUAAAAAAGAUCAGGUCAAAGGGGCUGAAAGUUGAAGAUAGACUUGAUGGGAAUCUCAAUUUCACUGCAUGGAAAGUUCGAAUCAAGUUGGCCCUAGAGGAAGAAGAUCUUCUCCAAUUCAUAGAAGCGAAAGAGCUAACUGAGCCUACGGAUGCUGCUGAACUAAAACAAUUCAAAAAGGAUGCUGUCAAGGCCAGGAAGAUUCUCAUUGAUUUAGUCAAAGAUCACCUAGUCACCUCUAUUGCCUCAUUUACCACUGCAAGGGAAAUGUUCAGCCAUUUACAAGGGUUCCUUUGCAGAGAAAUUUUAUGGUUGAGCCCCCCUUAAAACAACAUCCAGCUUAUUCUACACUAAAUUUCUUGUUGGGUUUGCGUAUCUCCAUUUGACAACCAAGAACUAAACAAAGAAGCCUAAUUGUGCCAAAAGACUAGCAAUACUUCUGACCUCACAAGCACUAAAUAUCACUGUAUAAGCCAUGGUAGAACACUCAUUAAUAUACAGUUUUGUUGCCAGGGGCACUGUUGUGCUUGCAGAGCACACAUCAUUUUCUGGGAAUUUUAGUACCAUUGCCAUCCAGUGCCUGCAGAAGCUGCCGUCAAACAGCAACAAGUUCACUUACACAUGUGAUGGACACACAUUCAAUUACCUUGUGGAUGAUGGCUUUGUUUUCCUUGUUGUUGCAGAUGAAGUGAUAGGAAGGCAGAUGCCCUUUUUAUUCUUGGAGAGAGUAAAGGAAGACUUCAAACAACGUUAUCGAGGGGAAACGGCUAAGACGGGUGAGGCUCAUAGCCUUGAUAAAGACUACGGGUAUGACGACAAAUUUAGUAUUGCCUACAACCUUGACAGGGAGUUCGGGCCAAAACUGAGAGAUCACAUGCAAUAUUGCAUGGACCACCCAGAGGAAGUUAAUAAACUUUAUAAAAUAAAGGCUCAGGUUUCAGAGGUGAAAGGAAUCAUGAUGGACAAUAUUGAAAAGGUUCUGGACCGAGGUGAAAAGAUUGAACUUCUUGUUGAUAAAACAGAAGGGUUACAGUUUCAGGCUGAUACUUUUCAACGGCAAGGCAGACAGCUCCGACGAAAGAUGUGGCUCCAAAAUCUUAAGUUUAAGUUGAUUAUUGUGGGCAUAGUCUUUGUCAUUUUAAUGAUAAUAUGGCUUUCAGUUUGCAAGGGAUUUACAUGCCGUUGAUAACAUAACCUUUUAUGUGCGCACAUGGAUAGCUAUUCAAAAUGUGUUUGAAUAGAAGUUGUAUAUAAACAUUCCAAGGAAAAGAAUGUGAUGUGUGUAUGAAACACUGAAUUGUUAGGGCACUGUUAAAUAACUGUUAUAAUAGAUAGAAGACCCUGGUUUGUUGUUCUUGAACAUUUCUGAUCAAAUUAUUUCAUUAUUAUAUGUUUGAA